AUGGGAUUUUGGACGACUCUUAUAACUUGGAUUAGUUUUCAAUGGAACGCAGCUUUACAUGCUGGACUCCCAUUGGUUUUCUGGGUAAGACCUCGUUGGUCCGUAGAUGAUAUUCCUGAUCAAAGUGGUAAAGUUGUACUAGUAACAGGUGGUAACUCAGGUGUAGGAUACGCGACCUCACUGGCAUUUUACAAUGCAGGUGCCAAAGUGUAUCUAGCAUGCAGGAACGAAAAAUCAGCAAAAGAAGCUAUUGAACAAAUCCAAAAAGGUGCUGUGAAAACCAUGGCAGGAUACGAGUAUCAUAACCAGAAAAAAGAUGGGAAUAGGCAAAAAGGAUCUUUGGAAUUCAUACAACUGGAUUUGACUGAUUUGGAAAGUGUCGAUAAUUGUGCUGAAGAAUUCUUAAAGAAAGAAGAUAAAUUGGAUGUUCUCUUUGGUAAUGCUGGAAUCAUGGCUACACCUGAGGGAUUAUAUACCAAACAAGGAUACACCCUUCAAUUCGGUACCAACGUAAUUGGACAUCAACGAUUAAUAUCACUGCUUCUUCCACUUUUACUCACCUCACCUCCCACUCAUCCUAGUCGAGUUAUCAUGACGACUUCAGCAGGUCACGCAAUGGCACCUUCAUCAGGAGUAGAUUAUAAAUCCGUUGUGAGAGAUUCGUCUGAUCCAAUUACAGGAGAAGAUCAAGAUCCAAAGCAAGGUAAAAACGAAUAUGGCAGUUGGGUUGAAUACGGUCAAUCAAAAUGGGGAAAUAUAGCUAUUUCAAAAUACCUUCAUAACGCUUAUGGUAGACAAGGUAGAUUAAUCAGUGUUGCUGUUCAUCCCGGUUUGGUAGCUACCAAUUUGGCAUCUCAUUUCUCUUUGGUUCCGUAUCUUGUCAAACAUGUAUCUUGGAUCACUCCAUUCAUCACUCGGACAGGCGCUGUUGGAGCUGUCAACCAAGUCUGGGCAGCUACAAUACCCGACCAUGACGCAAGAUGGAUAAGCGGUGAAUAUAUAGUCCCGUAUAAAAGUAUCGGAAUACCUAGACCUGAUUUACAAGAUGAUGAGAAAGUCGAACAAGUUUGGAAUUGGUGUGAAGAGCAAGGGAGGAAAAGGGUGUAA